UACUUUUUAUUGUUUAGAAUUUUUAUUUUUAUUUUAUAUUAUAAGUCCUUUAUAGUCAUUUUACACAAUCUCUCACAUUAAAAAGCACUUCUAAUAGUUUUACAGCCAAACACUCAACUGUUUUUUUUUUGAAAAGUACUUAUCUAAAAGCUCCAGCCAGAAGCUGCUUCUGCAAAAGCUACAGCUAGGGAUGGCAAUGGGUCGGGUUUUGUCAAACCCAAACCCAUGGGUUUAUCCGUGAAAAAAACCCGGGGUAAAACCCAACCCGCUGGAUAUCCGCGGGUUCAUGGGUACCCACGGGUUUUUGUCGUAAAAAAUUUACAAUAACAUGUUCCUAUCAAAAUUAAAGUCAAAUAUCAAUCUCUCAAUACAAAUUAUCCAUAUUUAAAACACCAUUCUAGAAAAUUCAAGUAAAUCACAAAUUAACUAUACAAAUUGUUCAACACCAAUCUAGAAGACUCAAGAAAAUUGAAGUAAAUCAUAAAUUAUCCAUAAAUAACAUGAUUAAUUGAAGGCUUCUUCCUUUCAAUUAAGUUUCUUCACUCUCCACUCGAUAACACAAACUUCAUUCUACACAAUUAGAAAGAAAAAAUUAGACAUGUCUCCACAAACAUAAAUAAGAUUAGUUGUUUAAAAUAUUAAAUAUACCGAGAAAAUUAAUUAUAUGUGUGGGCGGGUACCCACGGGUCGGGUUUACCAAAACCCAAACCCAAUCCAACCCGGUGAAUAGUGAACGGGUUUAAACCCAAACCCGACCCAAAACCCGUCAACACGGAUUUUAUCCGCGUUGACCGGGUUGGGUCGGGUGGGUACCCGUGGGUUCGGGUUUGGUUGUCAUCCCUAGCUACAGCAGGGCCAAACCAAGUGUUGACGAAAACAUGCAUGGAAGGAUAAGUUUGAACUAAUACCGUGUGAUGAUAAUCAUUGGUCUCAACGUCAUCAUGAUUAAAAUUUGGGUUAAUAUCUUAUUUUGGCCCGAACUAUGACCAUGUAAUCAACUUUGGCCUGUGGUUUCAGAAAUUAACAUAUUGGCCUCAACUAUACAACAUAUAUACUCAAUUGGCCCGAUUCGUGAAUUUCUGUCAAAUUAAACGGUCAAUAGUGUUAACCGUUAGUGAAUCACCAUGUUUUGCUGACGUGGAUGUCAUUUAAACAUUAAAAAUUAAUAAAAUAUUAAAUAAAUUAAUAAAACUCAAACUAUCAACUACCAUUAAUAAUAAUAAUAAAAUAAAACUGUCAUUAAUGAAAAGAACUCCCCAUCUCUCAUCCGCCCCACUCAUCUCUCAAUUCCCUCCUUUGUUCUUCUUUCUUCCUCCAGAAAACUUAUUCUUCCUCUGUUCUUCUUACUUCCUCCACAAAAAUCAUUCUCCUCCGCCUCUACAUAUCCUCUUUUCCAAUUUUCAUUUCAUCACCUCCCUCAAAAUCAUUUUGAUACCUUACUUCCCCCCAGAUUCCUCUGACCGUCUCCCACAAAUAUCCUCUGCGUAGUUUGACGGCGGAGAGGCUGUGAGAAACACGGCGCGGCGGGAGGCCGACCUCGUUGAGGAAAGCUCGAAACUUUGGGUGCUCGAGGCUAUAGAAUGAAACGGUCCCACACGAUUCGUAGACCCAAUCAGUUAAAUGUUCAACGGCGGAGUCGAUUUGGGUUUUGCUCAGAGCUGGACCAGGAGAAGUCUUGGGGCUCUUCAGCUUCUUCACGCUGUCUUCGAUUUGGAUUUUGCUCAGAGCUGGACCAGGAGGAGUCGAUUGGGGCAAGUGUCGCGCUUGAGAUGCUCGGAGGCGGUGCGGGAAGGAUUGGAGGCUGAGAAAAGAGCGUCUCAAAGGGAGUCUGGUUCUCCACCAAGAAGAAAUCCCACGGCUCCGCAGUACAACAUCGUAGAGGAUGCCGCUCUUCGGGGAAGAAAGGAGAAGAAGAAUGGUUAGGGUUAGGAAUUUUUUUUAGUUUUGCUCGAAGAAGGAAAGAGGUGAGGGGAUAAGAUGGUGGGUGGCCGAAAAUAAUUUUGUUUUGUUUUUUUCAUUUUUUUAAUUAGGUAAAUGAAAUAAUAAAAGAAAAUUCAAAUUCAAAUUUUUAUUUCCUUGUUGCUUAUAUGGCGGUGACCUGGACAGUUGACUAACAGUCAACCGUGUUGACCGUCCAAACAAACGGUCAAACCACGUUUCCGGCCAAAUGAGACUAUAUGAUGCAAAGGUCGGGCCAGGAUGUUAAUUUCUCAAACCACGGACCAAAGUUGAUUAUAUGAUUAUAGUUCGGGCCAGAAUAAGGUAUUAACCCUUAAAAUUUUAUUGAAAUGGUGGACGAGAAAUAAAAUUAUGUUAUUUAUAUUUCCAAAAAGUCUAUAUCCAAUGGACACAAAUAAUGCAAAGAUUCUACUUUCCAGUGGAACCAUUCUAUUUUACUUCCUACAAAAUAUUAGAUAUGUAUAUAAAAAAACGUUAAGCAC